AUGCAACCAGAAGAUGUUGAAAUAUUUUUAGGCAUAUCAGAGAUAUACUUCAGACUUAGACCAACAAUUUUGCCAGUUGCUGUUAGAGAAUUGCAAUCUAUUACACAAAAUAAGAAAUUUUCAACAAAUUUCUUAGAUUAUUUAACUAAUGAUAAGGAAUACAUGACAAUUCUUAUUGAAACAUUUGAAAAUGGUAAAAGCAUGUCAUCAAGACGUGUCAGCCACACAUGCAAAAAUACUACAGAUUACAUUAUCCAUUCAUAUCACAUUUUGAAAAGAAUUCUUUCCCAAAAUCCAGCAACAUUUAGUCAAGUGAUUAGAGUUGUUUCAGAUUACAUCACAGGAAAAGUCGAAUAUAAAGAUGCUCAUGCAAUGUUGAUUGCCUUAACGAAUAACGUCUCCAUCAUCAAGCUUUUGAAUAAGAGCUUCAUACAAAAGGACAUUAACCAUAGUAAUUACGCCGAAACAAAUGGAAUGCUAGUUACAGAACUUCCUGACGAAGAUACAGUAGAAAAAAUAGGCGCACCAGACUUUGGAGUACCAGAUGUUUCAAUUGUCAAAGACAGAAGGCUUCCAAUUACACCUAUUGUUGAAGAUCCACCAGAUAAAGCUCAUCAACGAGAUUUAGCAUGUUUAAUAUCGUUAUCAGAGUCAGAUGUUUCUCUAGUGUUCGACGAAUACUUACCACCUCAAGUUGACCCCGAAUUUCCAGAUACAGUUUUCUUAUAUACUGAUUCUCGCAGCGGAAAUGAGAAACAGAAGAUCGGACCAUCAUACAUUGAUAACUCACAGUUAAGAUUUACGUCUGCAUUUAUCAGCCCGUAUCUUGUUGAUAUUUACAACGUAAAUAACCAAUAUUUGACCAAUCCUUUGAACAACACCGGCGGCGAAGAUAAAGAAGACAGGCAGGCAGAAAUAUUAACAGACCAAAUAUUCGAAAAGGAUAAAUUCGAAAGAGCUUAUUUGAAUUUCCCUGCAAAAGACCAUGAUUCCAACCUUAGAUACAUCAUCAGCCAGUUAUAUUCCAAGAAUUAUUCGGCUCUUGUUAUUGAUUCUUCGUCGAAAAAUCCGAAAAUUUUCGAAAAUGUUAUUCGACCAAGAAUUUUCAAUGCGCUUCUUAACCACAGCUUGAGAUUAAGCUGGAAAUACUCUGAUAUUUACUUGGAGCAAGUGAAAUUCGCUCCUUUAGCUUUUGCUCCUUAUAAGUUCAUUAGAGACGCAAUGGGAAAGAAGAAACUUGCUAAAUCAGCGGAUUGGAUAUCAGAGAUCAUUCUCAUACCUACAUCUCAAGCAAUUCAAAACGAAUUUUAUGAGAUGAAAUUAAGAGACUCGGAUGUAAGCCUUAUUGAGAAAUGCAUGCUAUUCUACAGAUACUGGCUACUGAAAUACCAUCCGAAAGACUAUCCUCUAGGAAGAAAUGAAAUUUGCGCAACUGCAUUUCCUUGGGAUAUCCUUUUCGCUUCGAUUGUUAACCAUGCGGACCUCGAAAACAAGAUUGCUGAGCUCCCUGAUAUCCAUGAAAUUACAAGAUUAGCACAAGAAUCCCAAAAUGAAAUUUCAAAAGUUAAUAAGAAGUCAAAAGGUACCUCAGACCAAUUCAUGACUGUUUGGAAAAAAGAUGGCGAAGCAGUUAGCUUUUACAUUAGAAUUUAA